GACUUCAGGGAGGCCAUCAACGUACAUUUCCUCAUGUUACUGACAUAAAAUCCUGUGCCAUCAAAAGAUGAAGCAGAAAUAAACUUCUCUUUUCACUAGAAGUUGAUGUGUGACCAGAAGAGUCAAGAACUUCCUCCUGAAGGUCAGAGAGGGGAGGGAGCUCUGAGGUGUGCCCAGCUCAGAGUGCCACUGUCAGAACAGCCGAGGGAGGAAAGAAGAGAGUGGAACAAAAAUGGCAGAAAAUGUCAUUAACUCUGACCUGAACUUGCCUGGACCAACCAGACCCAGAGUCCUGACGGUCCCUGAUGUCCAAGGUAAAAGCCAUGGUUUCAGAACCCGAGCUGCUGCACUGGUUGCUGUCCUGGUUGUGCUCAUCCUCCUCGUGGUCAUGGCCCUGUAUCUGACACUCACCAUGGCAGGCAGCCAACAGGACUCUACAGCACUGACCUCCACCAGCCAAAAGGUCUCAAGCCCAUUGUCGCCCACCAACCAAGAGAACUCAACAAAGGUACCCCCCAGCCAUGAAGAGGCACCAGGAAGAAGUUGCUGUUCCACAACACGAGUUGCUGUCCUGGUUACUGAGAUAAUCCUGCUCCUGCUCAUUGUUGUGUGUCAGAUACUCCCAUGUAAAAGCCGUUGUUCCAGAACACAAGCUGCUGUCCUGGUUGCUGUCCUGGUUCCGAUUGUGGUGGCCCUCGCGCUGUCUUGGGCACUCCCACAUGCUCCAACUGCAGGCAGCCAAGAGGACUCAACAAGAACCAUCCCUGAAGAGGCACUAGAUGGUCCAACUGCAGGCAGCCAAGAGGACUCAACAAGAACCAUCCCUGAAGAGGCACUAGGCUGCCCCGCAGCAUGGAAGAAACAUGGGAGAAGUUGCUACUUCUUUUCUCCAGAGACGAAACCAAAGAGCUGGGAAGCCUCUCGUGCAGAAUGCACUGCCAUGGGCUCAGACCUGGUGGUCAUUGACAGCAGGGAAGAGCUGAGAUACCUUCUCUUACAAUCAAGACAUAACUACUACUUACUUGGUCUCACACACUCUCCAGAGGAGCAGAAGUGGAAGUGGAUCAACAAUGUGGAACUCGACCCAAACAUGUUCCAUCUAAAUGGACGUUACCAUGACUAUCACUGCACGGCCAUUGGAUAUGAUCAGGUACAUACUGCACCUUGUGAUGGAUCCGACACAACAAAAAAUAUGUGUGAAAAAGCUGCAACAAUCCCAUAAAGGCAUCAGAAGGAGAGCUAAAAACAAGAGGUGCAGGCUGAUCUGUUAUGCCCAGCUUCGUGUAGGACCCGUGGGUGGGCUGUGUCUCAUUUCUCUUUAGCUGCCCAAUCUCUGCUCCCGGGCUCUCCUGCAGCCUCUCUCCAGACUGGUGGCCCAGCUCAGCCCAGCCUUUCCCUGAUGGUGUCUGAGGCUGGAGGGAUCCCCUCUGCAAGAGCUGGCACUGGCACACAGGAGGAGUCUGGCACUGUCUCAUGCCAGAGGUGGCACUUCCAGGCAGGCACUGCCAGGGGAGAGGAGUCCAGCCUGGGGACAGGGGUGAUCCCAGCCUGAUCCUGACUCUGCAAGUCACAUCCAUCCACAGCCCUGUGUUCCCAGCCCUGCCUGGGCCCAAGGAGACCCUUCCCCACCUGGCCACAGCCUGGCCUUGCCUGCAGCCACAAGGGAAGGGCAGCACAGAUUUCUGGUUGGGAUCCUGUAGGGAAAGGCAACCCCAUUCCUUGCCGGGAUGGACAGGAUAAAGUCAGGUGGGGUUGUGGAUAAAUCUUCCCCUGUCCCUGACUGUUUCAAGGGCACCCGGGAUCCCAGAGCUUGUGGGGGAAUGGGAAUCAGCCCAAUCCUGUGUGGGGAAGGGAAGGAAUGUCAGAUUUAUGAUCUGCUGGGGAAGGGCACUGAAUAGAGACCAGCAAGGCCUGGAGAACAGAGUCCCAAGAGAAGCUGAUCUGGACAGAAAACAGAACAAUGAAACCCACAGUGACCUGUGAAGGAGCUGCUGAGAAGUGUGAGAGUGACCCACAUGGAAUGGCAACAGGGUGCUCUGCCCUCUUUUCCUUGGAGAUUGAUCACAGGACAGGGCUGCUCCAUUGAUGUGCUCUGUGUCCCCCCAGAGAGCUCCACUCAGCUGCCUGGGCUGACUGCUGGGCCCCUGUAGAGUUCCUCUCCUUUGCAUUGCAUGGAAUAAAGCUUUCCUUUUCCAAACUCAAA